UUUUCUUUUCACCUUUUGGGAGUGCUGUCUGCUGUUGACUCAAAUUCUACAUGCCUUCUUUGAAAUCUAUAUGCAGAAUUUUAGCAAUUUUUUUUGGAAAAUUGACUUCAGGAAUAUAUGAGGCGUUGGAGUUGAGGGAUGGAGGAUCUGACUAUCUUGGCAAGGGUGUUCUUAAGGCUGUGAACAAUGUAAAUAGCAUCAUUGGACCGGCAAUUAUUGGAAAGGACCCCACUGAGCAGGUUGACAUUGACAACUUCAUGGUCCAGCAGCUUGAUGGAACCUCCAACGAAUGGGGCUGGUGUAAACAAAAGCUUGGAGCAAAUGCUAUUCUCGCGGUGUCACUGGCAGUGUGCAAAGCUGGAGCUAUGGUGAAGAAGAUUCCUCUUUUUUUAUGCAUGGACGGCCAGAAGGUCCAAGCAGUGGGCGACUGGCCCCAGCCGCAGUCCGCACGGGCCCUUCGCGGCUUCCUAGUCCUGGUCGGGUAUUACCAGCGCUUCAUCCAGGGGUACGGCGCCCUGGCGGCCCCGCUCACCUAG